AUGGACAUCGACGCCCGGAUCAAGGCGUACAAGUUUGUCGCCUAUUCGGCGGUCACGUUUUCCGUCGUCGCCGUCGUUUCGAUUUUUGUCACCUUGCCAAUGGUCUAUAAUUAUGUGCACAGUGUGAAGCGACAAAUUCACACCGACGUCAACUUUUGCAAAUCUUCUGCAAAGGACAUCUGGUCGGAGGUACAUUUGAUCAAAGAUGCUCCGUCGAACAACACUCGUAUCGCCGACAGGCUUACUCUUCGGGAGCUGUUGCUGGAAGCGGAGGAGCCGGUAGAUAUUCACGUCAAUUUAAUUUGGUCUCAUCAAAUGCAUACAGAUUACUCUGGAGGAGCCGCGGCUGCUUCUGGUGGCGGAGGAAGUGGUUGUGACGGCUGCUGUAAUCCGGGACCACCAGGACCUGGAGGAAAUCCAGGAAAGCCGGGAAGACCAGGAAAGCCGGGAGCUCCAGGAAAUCCCGGAAAAGCUGCUGCCGCUCCAUGCGAGCCAGUCACAAUGCCACCAUGUCAGCCAUGCCCAGGUGGACCACCAGGACCACCAGGACCAGCGGGACCACCCGGACCUCCAGGAACUGAUGGACCACCAGGAUCUCCAGCUGGACCAUCAAGCCCAGGACCACCAGGACCGCCAGGACCACCAGGACCAAACGGAAACGAUGGAGCCCCUGGUGCUCCAGGUGCCCCAGGAGAGCCGGGAGCUUCCGACGUGGCAGGACCAGGAGCUCCAGGACCUGCCGGUCCACCAGGACCACCGGGACCACCAGGACCAGAUGGAGCCCCAGGAUCGGGAUCUCCAGGAGCUCCGGGACCCAAAGGACCACCAGGACCACCCGGAAAUCCAGGACCAGACGGAAACCCAGGAACUCCUGGACAGCCAGGAAAGGCUGGAGGCGAAGGAGAGAAGGGAAUCUGUCCAAAGUAUUGCGCCAUCGACGGUGGAGUCUUCUUCGAGGACGGAACUCGCCGACGUUAG